GAUUAUUUGUCUGGCAUCUGAAGAACACUGGAGUACGGCAGAUACCGUGCCAGUUUGUGCAUCUGUGCCGCGUAGCCAAUGACAGGUUGAUUACAUUUCAGUACUUUAACUUCCUCAAACGAAUGUAUGUAACACAGUACAACAAAGACCUCAGCCAACGAGCCAAACCGCAGUCAGAUUCAGUUACAUCUCCUUUUCGCGAGCUUCAGCGAUUGGAUCAAGAAAAAAAGAUUAUACACAAAAUUAGACCAGUUUCACCUGUUCUUCAACCUUUGUCUGAGACAUCAGGCAGAAAUGGGUUGAGAGAAAUGAAAUCAGGAGCAGAAACUGAAGAUUCAGUCACCCCAGUAAGAGCAGAAUCCAAAGACAGACAAUGGAAAGAAAUGAAGCUACGGCUGGAUGAUUUGCCAGGAAUUUUGGCACGCUUGUCCAAAAUUAAGCUUACAGCUCUGGUUGUAAGCACCGCGUCUGCUGGCUUUGCCAUGGCCCCGGUCCCUUUUGACCUGACCUGUUUCCUGCUCGCCUCCCUCGGAACCGGACUGGCGUCCUGUGCUGCCAACUCCAUCAAUCAGUUCUUUGAGGUUCCGUUUGACUCAAAUAUGAACAGGACAAAAAAUAGACCACUGGUGCGAGGACAGAUCAGCCCCCUGCUCGCCGUCUGCUUUGCUGCCUCCUGCGGAGUCCCGGGAAUCGCCCUGCUGACACUGGGAGUGAACCCUCUCACUGGGGCCCUGGGAGCCUUCAACAUCUUCUUGUACACGUGUUGUUACACACCCAUGAAGAGAAUGAGCAUUGCCAACACGUGGGUGGGAGCUGUCGUCGGUGCCAUUCCCCCCGUCAUGGGCUGGACUGCGGCUACUGGUAGUCUUGAUGCUGGUGCGUUACUGUUGGGAGGAAUCCUCUAUUCCUGGCAGUUCCCUCACUUCAAUGCCCUGAGCUGGGGUCUGCGGGAAGAUUACUCCCGAGGAGGAUACUGUAUGAUGUCCGUCACCCACCCAGGGCUGUGCAGGCGGGUGGCUCUGCGUCACUGCUUGGCCUUAAUCGGACUCUCAACGGUGGCUCCUGUUCUCGACAUCACCACGUGGACUUUCCCCAUCAUUUCGCUCCCUAUUAACCUCUACAUCUCCUACCUCGGCUUUCGGUUCUACAGGGAUGCAGACCGCAGCAGCUCCAGGAAGCUCUUCUUCUGCAGUCUGUGGCAUUUGCCAAUGCUGCUGCUUGUCAUGUUCACGUGCAAGAAAUCGUUCCUAGAGAAGGAGGAGAAAGGCGAUCUGCUCAGUGGAAAUCACGGGAGGGCUAUGGAAAUUAGAUUGCCUUAAAUGUCAAUUACUUGUCGUCCUCGUGACACAUCACAUAGUAUAUUUUAGUAAUUGCAAGGGAGAAACCUGUGGGAAUCUGUUUGAAGAAGAAUCAUUUGUGCCUAGCGACCACUUCAUGCGAUAAUUUUCUCUUUUCUUCUGAAAGGGAAUAGAUGUGAGCGCUUAAAGCAUUCAUUGGCCUCAGGCUCACUUACUCAUCACAGAUUAAAAUUUAGCCUGUGGCAGAAGCACCUCGCUUUGGGAUGGCCUUCCAAAGUCUCCAUGAGUUGUGGUCUCUC